GGGGCAUCACCGACACCACUACGACAUUUCCCUCUCGUUCCUUGCUCCACUGUACUCGAUCGAUCAUCUUGUCGUUUUUAACCGUUCUCCGUUCAGUGCACUGAAAAAUGGCACUUCUAUCGCUACGCUUGGCCUCGUCUCUGGCCAGACAUCUGCCAAAUACCACCGCGCAGAUCAAUUGGCCUGCAACUGUUGUAGCUUCCCGCAAAUAUCAUGUCUCCUGCAGUCGGCGUUUAGCAGAAAUCUCUGCCAUCCUGGAAGAACGUAUUCUUGGAUCAACGCCUAAGGCCAAUCUUGAAGAGACCGGCAGAGUGCUCAGUAUUGGAGAUGGUAUCGCUCGUGUCUACGGGCUGAAGAAUAUCCAAGCUGAUGAGAUGGUAGAGUUCAGCUCUGGCUUGAAGGGUAUGGCGUUGAAUUUGGAACCUGACAAUGUGGGUGUUGUAGUAUUUGGUAAUGACAGACACAUCAAAGAAGGCGAUAUUGUAAAACGUACUGGCGCAAUUGUUGAUGUUCCUGUUGGUGAGGAACUGUUAGGCCGGGUUGUUGAUGCUCUGGGUAAUCCUAUCGAUGGUAAAGGACCUUUGAAUAGCAAAUUGAGGUUCCGUAUUGGAACAAAAGCUCCCGGCAUUAUUCCCAGAGUAUCAGUGCGGGAACCUAUGCAAACUGGAAUUAAAGCUGUAGAUUCUUUGGUGCCUAUUGGUCGUGGUCAACGUGAACUGAUUAUCGGAGACAGGCAAACGGGAAAAACUGCUCUUGCCAUUGAUACCAUCAUCAACCAGAAGCGUUUCAAUAGCGCUGGAGAAGAGAAAAAGAAAUUGUACUGCAUUUACGUCGCGAUUGGUCAAAAGAGAUCCACCGUCGCACAAAUCGUCAAACGUUUAACUGACAGUGGUGCUAUUAAUUAUACUAUUAUUGUAUCUGCAACUGCCUCCGACGCAGCUCCACUGCAAUACCUAGCCCCAUAUUCCGGAUGUGCUAUGGGAGAAUUCUUUAGGGACAAUGGAAAACACGCUUUGAUCAUUUAUGACGAUUUGUCUAAGCAAGCUGUUGCCUAUCGCCAAAUGUCUCUAUUGCUCAGAAGACCACCAGGUCGUGAAGCUUAUCCUGGUGAUGUAUUUUAUCUACAUUCUCGUCUGCUUGAGAGAGCAGCCAAGAUGAACGAAAACUUGGGCGGUGGAUCAUUGACUGCUUUGCCCGUUAUUGAAACACAAGCCGGUGACGUGUCCGCCUAUAUCCCUACGAAUGUCAUUUCCAUUACCGAUGGUCAAAUCUUCUUGGAAACUGAAUUGUUCUACAAAGGUAUUCGGCCUGCUAUCAACGUAGGUUUAUCUGUAUCACGUGUCGGAUCCGCUGCUCAAACCAAAGCUAUGAAACAGGUGGCCGGUUCUAUGAAACUGGAAUUGGCCCAAUAUCGUGAAGUAGCAGCUUUUGCUCAGUUCGGUUCCGACUUGGACGCCGCGACCCAACAGUUGUUGAAUCGCGGUGUGAGAUUAACAGAGUUGCUUAAACAAGGACAAUACGUACCCAUGGCUAUUGAAGAGCAAGUAGCAGUCAUAUACUGCGGUGUACGUGGUUAUCUUGACAAAAUGGAACCUACAAAGAUCACCGCGUUCGAGAAAGAAUUCCUUGCACACAUCAGGUCUACUCAACAAGAUCUUCUUGCAACGAUCGCGAAAGAAAAUUUGAUCAGUGAAGCAUCGGACGCAAAAUUGAAGAAAGUAGUUACCGACUUCCUCUCAUCUUUCUCAUAGAAAGCGAUUAUUUAAAUGUUCAUACUGUUAUUAAGUCAACAUAGAUAAUUGGAGAAAAAAAUAUUCUUCAAGAAAAAUUGUUCUGCUGAUGAGAAUUGACAAUGUACCGAUAUUGUAUACUAUUAUAUAAAUCUCACAUAAUGCUAUGAAAUUUUAUGCAAUAUCUGUACAUUAGAAAAUAUUGCAGCAAUUCCACAUGAUCUAAAAAAAAAAAAAACGAUAAACUCGAUAGCCAUAUACGUGUAACAUAUAUGUAUGACAUAUAUGUAACAUCUUAUACACAAAAAAUCGAUCUUUAAUAAAAA